AUGGACGAGCUGCGACCCAAUUUGGUGGGCGGUUUGCUUGGCUUGCAGCAGGGCCUGCUCGAGGAUCAUGCGAGCAUGCAGCAUGCUGCGGCGGGCGUUGGCGUUGCCCAGGACACCAAGUUCAUGUCCUUCCAGGAUAACCGCCUGAUGGGCAUCGGCGGCGCGCACGAGAAUCGGCUGCUUAGCCUGGCCAGCUCGGUGCAGGACACUCGGUCGCCAAUCACAACGCUCGACAAGUCCUCCUCGUCCUCGCUCAACCAUCAGCGCAAGUGCAGCAGCACGCCCGAGGACUUCAGCGCCCUCUAUUCGGGCUUGCCGACGCCUGGCAUGGAUUCCUCCUCGCAUCACCACACGCCGGCCCAUACGCCGCCCUCGCGCCUCUCCGAUCAUACUAUAUCAGCAGAGGGCGCUUUUAAGAAACUCAAACCGGAACCAAACAGCGGAAUGUCAACGGUUUCCGCUGGCAUCACAUCGCCCGGAAGUGGAAUCUCAUCAUUGAGCCAACAUGCCGGGCAUACCCCAACCACAGCAUCCUGCCCAACGCCAGCCAGACGAAGACAUCGCACCACAUUCACACAGGAACAAUUAGCUGAACUGGAAGCGGCAUUCGCCAAAUCGCAUUAUCCGGAUAUUUACUGUCGCGAGGAGCUGGCGCGAACGACAAAGCUGAACGAGGCGCGAAUUCAAGUUUGGUUUCAGAAUCGACGCGCCAAAUACCGCAAGCAGGAGAAGCAGCUGCAAAAGGCAUUGGCACCAUCUGUGAUCCCGUCGUGCAACGGCAUGAUGCGGAACAUUCAAGGCUAUAGCGUCUCUCGCGGCUAUCAGCCCUAUCCACAUCACAAUACCAUGAAUCGUUAUCCCCAGGAUCUGUUUCAAAUGGGCGCCUCCUCAUAUCCGGGCAUGACGCAGCCAUUUUCAAUGGCCCACAGCACAAAUAUGGGCUCGGUGGGCGUGCGUCAGGACUCGAUGGGCAUGUCACCGGAGGAUGAAUGGUAUAACAAAAGUCUAUCCGCAUUGCGCAUGAAUAGCUCGCAUCAUCCGAACUUAUCGGCACCGAUGCUUCAAUACCAAACAUAAUCAAAAACCUUUGACGACUUCUUU